UGACGUACGGCUGUCGCGAAAACCAAUGUGUGCAGAGCAGCCUGGGGACAUGAUCUGUCUGGGACGGCUGGCCGCUAUAACCUUACCAUUUGGAUUUCUUCUCAGUAGAGCUAUGGCUUGGACUUCAAGUGGAAAAACGCAUGUAGAUCUUGUCAACAAUCUUCGCAAGAAUGGAGUGAUCAGACGCCAACGUGUGUACGAUGUUAUGAUGGCCACGGACAGAGCGCGUUAUGUCCAGCAUUUUCCAUACAUGGACUCACCGCAGAGUAUAGGUUAUAAGGCUACAAUCAGUGCUCCCCACAUGCAUGCGCACGCCCUGGAAUUGCUGGAGGAGAAGCUGAUUGAAGGUGCCAGGGCGCUGGAUGUAGGCUCUGGCAGUGGAUACCUCACGGCUUGCUUUGCCAGGAUGGUGGGAUCCACUGGAAAGGUUAUUGGUGUUGAUCAUAUUGAUCACCUCAUCAAUACUGCCAUUCAGAACGUUCAGCAGGAUGACGCAGAAUUGCUCAGCUCUGGACGAAUCAAGUUUGUUGUGGGGGACGGCAGACUGGGGCACCCUGAAGGUGGGCUGUAUGACGCAAUACAUGUGGGGGCUGCAGCUGCAACUGUUCCACAAGAGUUAUUAAAGCAGUUAAAGCCGGAGGGAAGAUUGAUCUUGCCAGUGGGACCUGAAGGUGGCAGCCAAGCUCUGGAGCAGUACGACAAGGCUGACGAUGGGGAGAUCACAAGGGCUCGCCUAAUGGGUGUCAUGUACGUCCCUCUGACAGACAGAAACAAGCAGUGGCCAAGGGAUGAGCUGUGAGACACAGAAAGGAUUGUACCGGUUGUACAAGAUCGCAGUUUUGUUUGGUCGGAGUAGAGGCAGAAGGUGUUGCUGUAGGAAGCGGCUGUUCUAGUCUCCUAGAGGCGUGAAGGUUCAGAGAUGGUGCUCACAUUAAUCUAGAAAAUAGGUAAAUGGUCACAGAGCUCAGUUGCCGGAGGACUGACUAGGAAGGGAACAUGUCAUGCUUAAAGAGGUUUUCAACCAUCCUUUCACAAAAUAUUAAAAUAGAAUUUAAGAGAAUUAAA